CUUUACUAUUACAAUAAUAAGCAUUAAUGUGAUUAGUCAACAUAACAUGAAACAUUUAAUGGAGUCUGAAAAUCAAACUUAAUUCAGACCCGUUUGAACCUUCCCAAUACCUCCCUCUCUCUCCCUUUGGCCUUGGUCCAUAUAAGAACCGACCCAGUGAAGCAUCCUUAUCCCAUACACAUAAAAGACAGCAUACUACGUGCAUGAUUUCAAGCAUAUCUCUCACUUUCUUCACAUACUCAAAAUGGAUCAAACACCCCAUGUAGCACUUCUACCUAGCCCAGGGAUGGGCCACCUAAUCCCACUUGUGGAAUUCGCCAAGCAACUCUUCCAUCACCACCACAUCUCCUCCACCCUCAUCAUCCCCACCUCCGGACCGCCGCCCCAAACCCAAAUCUCCGUCCUCAAAUCACUCCCUGAAAACAUCAACCACAUCUUCCUUCCACACGUCCACUUACCCGAAAACCUCCCAACUGUCUUGUCACAAAUUGUCGCCACCAUGUCCCUCUCUAUCCCCUCCCUCCGCGACACUUUAAAAUUGCUAUCCUCCACGAAUCGGCUGGUGGCCCUUGUGGUCGAUCUGUUCGGUCUCGACGCCUUUGAUGUAGCUAAGGAAAUUGGUGUUGCUCCGUACCUAUUUUCGAUUUCCACGGCCAUGUCAUUUUUGUUUUGGUUUCACAUGCCAAAGCUUGACAAAAUGUUUACGUGCGAGUAUCGAGACUUGCCCGUACCCGUGAAAUUACCCGGUUGUGUACCGGUUCACGGAAGGGAUUUAUAUGAAGCGGUUCAAGACCGGUCUCACGUUGAGUACAGAAAGCUACUUGAAAAUGUGUCGCGGGUCUCUUCAUUCGAAGGGAUAAUUAUUAAUAGCUUCUUGGAUUUGGAAGAGGGAGCCAUAAAAGCUUUACAAGUGGAAGAACCGUGUAAGCCGCCAGUUUACCCGAUUGGACCACUUAUACAAACAGGUUCGAGUGACGGGUCAGAUGAGCCCGAGUGUUUGAAAUGGUUGGACGAUCAGCCAAGUCAGUCUGUUCUAUUUGUCUCGUUUGGAAGUGCCGGAACCCUCUCUCUUGAUCAGAUCAAUGAGCUAGCCUUAGGGUUGGAAAUGAGUGGGCAAAAGUUUUUGUGGGUUGCGAGAAGCCCAAGUGACAAGUCCGACGCAGCCUUUUUCGAUGCCCAAAGCCAAACAGACCCUUUGGGUUUCUUGCCAAAAGGGUUCUUGGAAAGGACCAAAGGGCAAGGUUUAGUGGUCUCGUCCUGGGCCCCGCAAAUUGAGGUGCUCCGCCACGGCUCCACUGGCGGAUUUUUAACCCAAUGCGGUUGGAAUUCAACACUUGAGGGUAUUUUUUAUGGUGUGCCUCUGAUCGCUUGGCCGCUAUUCGCAGACCAAAAGAUGAUUGCUGUGAUGUUAAAUGAGGGCUUGAACGUGGCACUCAGACCCAAAGCGAAUGAAGUUGGAAUAAUGGAAAGAGAAGAGAUUGCAAGAGUUGUGAAAGAACUCAUGAAAGGAGAAGAAGGGGAAAAGGUUCGUGGAAAAAUGAAGUUCUUACAGGAUGCUGCUGGAAAGGCGCUAAAUAAAGAUGGAUCUUCUGCAAAAUCAUUGUCUGAAUUAGCAUUCAGAUGGAAAAACUAGAAGAAUAUUUUUAAGAAUGAGAUGAUAGGGAUCUUGGAACUCUAGACAAAUACUACUACUACUAGUAAAAAUUAGUAACAGCUUCAAAAAAAGUCCUAAUUAACCCCGCCACGGGUCUAGAGUGUUGUGACAUGGUAAUUAAACUUUUAAGUGGGUGUUAAGCUUAAUUUCUUGUGUGGGGUUUUGGUGUUGCUUGGAUGAGAGACACAAAUGGAGAUGGAGAAUAAAGUAAGAGGGCCAUGCCAGAGCAGAGCAGAGCUGAAUUAUUAAUUCGGUGAUUCUAUCAUUAGAGAGUCGAGAAAUUAGGUGUGGUUGUAUGGCUGUGCUUGUUUAAUUAAUUUAUUGUGUGGGGUUUUGUGUCGCUUGGCUGUGCUUUCUUGUUUGAUUGUAAUGGGAGGUGUCAUAGUCUGUGUGAAAUGUAAAUUUGCAAUUUUAUCAAAUACAAAACGUAGUGAGUUUUUUUUU